AUGCAAAGUUCCGACACUGCCUCUCGUAGCCAAGUUAAUCUCAUCGCUAGCAUCUUUAACUCGCUGCAGACAAUGUUGAACAAGACCGAGACGGACCUUGCAGGCAAAGUGUUUACCUUUAACGUCACCGAUGUUACUCCGAACCAAUGGUACGUCAAUCUAAAAUCGACCCCCGCCAAAUGCGCUCAGGGAUCUCUUAAAGAUGCUACUCCAGACGUAGAGUUCAUGAUGGACAGUGACACAUUGGUUUUGAUCUUUAACGGCAAAUUGAAACCAUCUACAGCGUUUGUGACUGGAAAAAUGAAGUUCACUGGAAACUUCGAGUCAGCCCUGCAGAUGGAGAAGCUCGUCGAAAUGUUGACUAACCCUUAA